GUCCAAGAAUCGAGGUCACGCAAAGACGCGUCAGCCCGCCACAGCCCAAACUCGAAGUAACCGCGGCCACUUAUCGACACCAGCUCAAGCCCCUCCCACCACAUAAGCUUUUCUUACUCCUUCAGUCAACCAUGGAAAGCGUAGGCGUAGACAUGAACCGUCUCAAGAGUGGGGAAGUAAACCUCGGUACAUCUAUCAUGGCCGUUCAGUUCGAUCGCGGGGUCGUCAUCGGAGCAGACAGUCGUACCACGACUGGAAGUUAUAUCGCUAAUCGUGUAACAGACAAAUUAACCCAUGUCCACGAUCGUGUAUAUUGCUGUCGCUCAGGAUCUGCUGCUGAUACUCAGGCCGUAGCAGAUAUCGUACAUUUCUAUCUGCAGCAGUACUCCCAACAAAGCGGUACUCCUCCACCCGUACACAUAGCAGCAGCAGUCUUCCAGAAACUCUGUUACGAAAACAAGGAUGCACUGAGUGCAGGAAUUAUUGUGGCCGGCUGGGAUAAGGACGUAGGCCCAAGCGUGUAUAAUAUCCCUCUUGGUGGUGGUCUCUUCCGACAGCCAUGGGCUAUUGGCGGAUCCGGGUCCACAUACGUGUAUGGAUACUGCGAUGCUACUUACCAAGAAGGUUGGGGUAGGGACGAAACUGUCAACUUUGUCAAAAACACCCUUUCGCUUGCCAUGUCGAGAGAUGGCUCCUCAGGUGGUGUAAUCCGUAUGUGUGUCAUAACAGAAGAGGGCGUUGAGAGAUUAUUUGUCCCCGGUGACCAACUACCGAAGUUUUGGGAAGGACGUGAAGUACUUGGAGCUGCGGCUAAGAAGGUCCUGGAACCAGUCCCCAUGGCUGUCGAAUAGAAUCAUAACCUGUAAUUUAAAAAAUGCGUGUUUGUCAUUUUCUCAGAUUGGCCAGCAUGUUAGACCGGCCCUUUCGAUUAGCCCCAAUUGAAGGAACAUAGUCUGUAUU